AUGUCCACCACAACAACUGCUGACGAAGUUGAGAUUAUUGAAGAGCAACAAACUAAUUGUUCGGGUGUUGGUUGUACUCAUCACCAUCAUCAUCAUCAUGAGGCUCCAACAACAACAACUACAUCUUUGAAACAAUCAGGUCUUCAAAAAUUAAACGACGAUGCAGUUUCAACUACUUCAUCAAAGAGAAGUAAAAUUACAACAAGAACAACAACUACUAAUGCUUCUCGUCGUACUACUAAAAAGAAAGAUUUACCUAAUGUUUUAUGUUGUUUGUGUGGUGUAGUUACACCAGCCAAUCCUGCAAAUAUGUGUUUGAAUUGUAUCAAAUCUCAAGUGGAUAUUACUGAUGGUAUUACUAAGAGUGAAACAAUCUUCUUCUGUAGAGAAUGUGAACGUUAUCUUCAACCUCCUAAAUAUUGGAUUAAAUGUGAUAUGGAAAGUAAAGAAUUGCUUACUUUGUGUUUGAAACGUAUUCACGGAUUGAAUAGAGUUAAAUUGAUUGAUGCUAAAUUCUUAUGGACUGAACCUCACAGUAGACGUUUGAAAGUUAAAAUUACUAUUCAGAAAGAAGUUUUAGGAAAUGGUACUAUUCUCCAACAAUCUUUUGUUGUCGAGUUCAUUGUCAGAAAUCAACAAUGUGAAGUUUGUCAAAAAUCUCACACUCUCUACACUUGGAAUGCUGUUGUUCAAGUUAGACAAAAAUUAGACCACAAGAGAACUUUCCUCUUUUUGGAACAAUUGAUUUUGAAGCACAAUGUACACGAAAAAGCUAUCAAUAUCAAGGAAGAAGCUGAUGGUUUGGAUUUCUUCUUCUCUGAAAGGUCACAUGCUAAGAAAUUGGUUGACUUUUUGCAAAGUGUUGCAUCAAUUAAGAGCAAAACUGGUGAACGUUUAGUUACUCACGAUGCCAAAUCAAACAUUUUCAACUUUAAAUAUUCAUUCUCAUUGGAAAUUGCUCCAAUUUGUAGAGAAGAUUUAAUUUGUUUGCCAAAGAGAUUGAGUACAUCAAUGGGAGGUAUUGGUCCAUUGGUUUUAUGUACAAAGGUUAAUAAGAAUAUCUUCUUUGUUGAUCCAACUACUUUACAAACCAACGAAUUGGAUGGUGCUCUCUAUUGGAGACAACCAUUCUUCUCUGCAUUGACAAGUAGACAAUUAUCUGAAUUUACUGUUGUCGAUAAUCCAAACAAUUUACCUGCUGCUAAUGGUAAAUAUAUUUUGUGUGAAGUUCAAAUUGUUAGAAGCGAUGAACUUGGUUCUGAUCCAAUCUUUGUCAAGUCACAUUUAGGAGCUUUGUUGCAUCCUGGUGAUACUAUUAUGUGUUACGAUUUGAGAAAGGCCCAAUAUGAUGAAGGUCUCUUGGCUGACUAUAAGAAUUCUCAAACUGAAAAGCUUCCAGAAGUUAUCAUUGUUAAGAAGAUUUAUAAGAAGAGAAAGGAAAGAAAUUGGGAGUUGAAAUCAUUUACCGGUGAAAAGAACUUUAACAAUCCACUUGCCACUGAAGAAGGUAAUGUAAAGCAAGACUCUAAGAGAAAGGAAAAGGAUCUCGAAGAUUUCAAGAGAGAAUUGGAAGAAGAUGAUGAAAUGAGAUCAAAGGUUCUCCUCUUUAAGGCAAAGAAGAAGGCUACUACCACUGAACCAGCUCAACAACAACCAACUGAAGAAGAUAGUGACAGUGAAGAAGAAUAUGCUCCAGCUGUAGGAGAUGAAGAACUUCUCGAUGAAGAAGAAUAUAACAGAAUGAGAGCUGCCAAGAAAUUAGAAGAAGAAGAAGAAGCUGAUGAACAAGACAAUGACGAAGAACCAGAGCCAGAAUCCUCAGAUGACUCUAAACAAAUCAAGGAUGAUGCCAAAAUCAUUAUUCAACAAUAAUGAUUAUGACUUCAAUCAAUUUGCAAACCCAUUUCAAAUAAAAAAAUGAUUCAAA